UGAAAUUGUCACAAUAAAGAUGUGACAUGCGAAUUAGAAGUUAUUGUAAUUUUUGAACAUGUAUUGGUUGGUCGUCUGGACUGCGAUCGUCACGUGGUGCGAGGCAGCCUCAAAAUUCCCAGAUGGGUUUCAAUUUGGCACAGCCACUUCCGCUUAUCAGGUGGAGGGCGGUUGGAACGCAAGUGAUAAAUCUCCAAGUAUCUGGGAUGUUUACAUUCAUGAAAACCCUUCUGCUAUCGCCGACCACUCAACUGGAGAUGUGGCUUGCGACUCCUACCAUCUAUGGAAGGAGGAUAUCUCUUUGGCCCGGACUUUGCAGCUCAAUUUUUAUCGCUUCUCAAUAUCAUGGCCCCGACUCCUACCAGAGGGUUUUUCUAACAACGUGAGCGAAGAUGGAACAAGAUAUUACAACAAUCUUAUUAACGGUCUUCUUACCGUUGGAAUCGAACCCGUUGUCACCCUGUACCACUGGGAUUUGCCGCAAAAUCUACAAGAUUUAGGAGGCUGGACCAACAGUAAAAUAGUGGAUUGGUUUGUAGCGUAUUCCCGUGUGGCGUUCACGCUUUUUGGGGAUCGAGUUAAGACCUGGGUUACCAUAAAUGAACCGACGAGCUUCUGUAAUGUGGGGUAUGAGACCGGGAUACUAGCACCUGGGAUAACCAGCCCUGGGAUUGGAGAAUAUCUUUGCGCUAAAAAUGCUUUACUGAGUCAUGCGAAGGCAUACAGACUGUAUGAACAGGAGUUUAAAGAUAAAUAUAAAGGGCAAGUUGGUUUGACAGACCAACACGUGUGGUAUGAGCCAAAGACUCCUUUCCAGGAACAAAAUGCGCAGAUGGCACGGGAACUUGGCCAAUUAUACACCUUUCCGAUAUUCUCCGAUAUUGGUGGAUGGCCUCCCAAUAUCGAGUCUAUUAUAGCCAGAAAUAGUAGAGCUGAAAAGUUCUCAAGUUCUAGACUUCCUGUGUUCACUGAAGAAGAAAAAAAGCUAGUCAAAGGUUCAGCUGACUUCUGUGGUGUUAAUUACUAUACCUCCCGACUCGUUGAAAAAGCGUGUCACCAAGAACAGAAGACUUUCUGGCCAUUGUAUGGAAGCCCGGAGCUUGACUUGGCUUUCUCAUAUAAUUCUACUUGGCUACCGCGUUACAAUUGGCUCGCGAGCUAUCCCCCUGGAAUCCGUCGACUUUUGAAGUCAUUGACGGAGCGUUAUGGGAAUAUAGAAAUAAAAAUCUUUGAGAAUGGUUUUGGGACGUCCGAUGCUUCCCUCAAUGACACCAUAAGAGUGCAGUAUAUUAGGGAUCAUUUGGAGCAGGUUCUAUUGUCUAUAACAGAAGAUGGCGUAAAUGUCACAGCCUACACUGCGUGGGCUCUAAUUGAUAACUUUGAGUGGAACAGUGGAUUUAAGCCUAGAUUUGGCAUCGUCCACGUUGAUUAUAACGAUCCGAAUCUAAAGCGCACACCUAGAGCCUCCGCGUACUAUUACGCAGAUGUAAUAAAGAAAAGAGAAAUUUGAUAUACUUCUUGGCAUCAGUACCAGUGCAUGUUAUAAUCAAUUUAUACAUACAGGAUAUCAAUUUUAAUGUUUAAAUGCUAGAGAAUAACCCUAUUUAUAAAAAAGAUCUAAAACUGUUUUAAUUAAAAUAGUCCUAUCUAUUUCAGUCAAAUUGUACUAUAAUGAAAAUAGAUAGAAUAGUGCUUUUGUUAGUGUCAAGUGUACAAGGAUAUAAUUAAGUAUAUCUUUUAAGUUCACGUAUAGUUGAAAGUAAUAAGGUAUUGGGACAGAUGUUACAAAACAUCACCUUGUCAGCAUAAUUUAUUCGAAACAAACAAAAUAUAAGCAAAAACUUUUGCACGCUAUUUUACGGAUGAUUUAUUGAGUCAAGAUUAUUGUUUCGAAACGGUAUUCAUUAUAAAAUAUUCAGUUUGCUAUUAAGAAUUCUGUAGGGGCAACUAAAUGUCGACAUGCCGCUAUAUUAUUAGUUUUGUAUAAAACUAUUUAACUGUAGUCCUACUUGUACUGCCAACUAGAAAGCUGCACACACUUCCUUCAAUCUUCCAUUUAUAAUAACAAACCUAAUAUAAUAUAAUAUGCAACCAGUAAAUCAUAAGACGUAACAGUUACGCACUUGCCACAUGUUUUGUAAGAGUUCAAGAAACAGCAUGAUAAGAAUUUUAUAUAAUCCUUUUUCAACAGUAAUUUCCUACAGCUGCAUAUAACAAGAGACAUAACUGACCUGUAGAUUACGGCUCAUAUAAUUAACUAAAAUUUAAUUCGCCAUAAUUUUUACUAUUAAAUUCUUAAAAGGCCGGCAACGCACUCGCGAGCCCUCUAGCA